UGCCCCCUCGCGACGUUGUGCAAAGGGACGUCUCCGCCCAACUUUAGCCCUUCCGAGGUGAGACCCUCCGAAGACCCUGCUUCUUCGCGCCCGUCUCCCAAGUCUGAUCCCUCAAUCUGUUGCGCGCUCCCGACAACUUGUUGCAAUUCAUCAAAAAUGGAGACGAAUGAAUUACGAAAAUACGGCCGAGCGACACUGGACUACCUGGCCGACUACCUAGAAAACAUUAAAGAUCGGAGGGUUACACCUGUAGUGAGUCCAGGCUGGCUCAAGCAUCAAAUUCCAUCCGAAGCUCCGUUAGAACCAGAGAGCUUUGACGACAUUCUAAAGGAUGUAGAGGAAAAAAUUAUGCCCGGGGUAACUCAUUGGCAGCAUCCACGGUUCCAUGCCUACUUCCCGUCUGGCGCAUCGUUUCCUGCUAUUAUGGCUGAUAUUCUUUCUGAUGGAAUCGGAUGUAUUGGUUUCUCAUGGGCCGCCAGCCCUGCAUGCACAGAACUUGAAAGCAUAGUAAUGGAUUGGUACGGAAAAGCAAUCGGGUUACCAUAUGAAUUUCUGGCAAAUCCAGCAUUCAAGAACGCUAAUCAAAUGGAGAACGGCGUGAGUGAUGCAACGGUACCAUCAGUGAAUAGCACCAGCGUUGGUGGAGGUGUCAUACAGGGAUCUACGAGCGAAAUUGUGUUAACCACCAUGAUCUCAGCAAGAGCUCACGCUAUAAAAAAUCUGAAGGCACAGCACCCGUUCAUCGAUGAAGGAGUCCUACUUUCAAAGCUCAUCGCGUACUGCUCAAGAGAAGCUCACUCCUGCGUUGAGAAAGGGGCGAUGAUGGCUUUCGUCAAGCUCAAAAUUGUUGAACCAGAUGAGCACAAUAGUUUGAGAGGAGCUGCGUUGAGAGAGGUGAUGAUGCAGGACCAGGCGAUGGGGAUGAUCCCGUUCUACGUGGCGGCGACGCUGGGGACGACGUCGGUCUGCUCGUUCGACAACGUCGAGGAGAUCGGGUUGGUCUGCCGGGAGUUCCCGACGGUGUGGCUCCACAUCGACGCCGCCUACGCCGGGGCCGCCUUCGUCUGCCCGGAGUUCCGCUCCUACCUCAAAGGGGUCCAAUUCGCUGAUUCGAUCAGCACCAACACCAACAAGUGGCUCCUCACCUGCUUCGACUGCUCCUGCCUCUGGGUCAAGAACCGAUACAAAUUGACCAGCGCGCUGGUGGUAAACCCGGUUUACUUAAAGCACGGAUUUGAGGGUGCGAUAGACUACAGACAUUGGCAAAUCCCUCUCAGUCGGAGAUUUAGAUCCUUGAAACUUUGGUUCGUUCUUCGCACCUAUGGGAUUUCCGGCCUCCAAAAAUAUAUAAGACAUCACUGCGAGUUGGCCAAACGAUUCGAGAAACUUGUCUUGGCCGAUUCCAGAUUUGAAAUAUCGAAUGAAGUCAAGCUGGGCUUAGUGUGUUUCCGACUGGUUGGCAACCAAGGAAUGACAAUAGAAGCCGUCAAUAAAAUGAAUCAGAAACUUUUGGAAGCCAUUAAUGAUUCCGGAAAACUGCAUAUGGUUCCUUCAAAAGUCAAUGAUAAAUUCAUCAUAAGAUUUUGUGUCGUGGCCCAUGACCAAACCCAGGACGAUAUAGACUAUGCCUGGGAAAUCAUCAAGGAGUAUGGUGAACGAACACUGAAGGAAUCGCUUAUUCAAGAGGAGAUUGUCUCGGACGAGGUGUCUGAGAUGGUGAAGAGGAAAAAAGAUCUAGCCUACAAACGGUCCUUCUUCGUCCGAAUGGUGAGCGACCCAAAAAUCUACAACCCGACGAUGGCACACCCCACUUCGUCACGCUUCUCAAAUCGCUUCUCGGCGAGUGAGAUCGAUGACAUCAUCGAGGAUGAGCCCAGCGAGGAGCCCACCACGCCAACUGCUACCUGGAUCAGUUGGCCUCUUGCAUUUCUAUUCCAAGGCGAGACUCCAAAUGUCAUGAUGAGAUUCCGUCACUUAGACACAACCGUCCACUUGAAACCGCACCGAGACGGUCACACGCGAGCUCUGCCCCCGGCCGAGUCGACGAGUCCACGAAGAGACAGGUCCAAGUCGCCCAAGGUAUCCCCCACCGAGAAGCAGAACCACCUAGUCGAGAAGAAAGAAACUCCCAGAAAGAAAUCGAACGAAGGAAUCAAUUGAAAUCUAGGAAUCCAGCUAAUAGACCACCGGAUAGCGUCAGAAUCUAAAUACCCCAGGUGGACCGAGUCUAUAGCCAAAAAAAACCAGAUGAACAUAGACACAGUCAGAAAAGCUUCAAUUUGGAUGAAAAAAGCGGUGACAGGCAUGCUAUCGCGUGAAACAGACGGUUCCUCUCUACUAGACUCGGUUUAAUUAAGACGUAGGUAUAUAAAUCAAGAGGAACUAUAUCCAUUCUGAUAUGAGCCCUGAGAUUCAUAAGGAUACAUGCGAAGGUGGAGCUUAUGUCACAAUGGAUAUCGUCGGUGAAACCAUAGAGCACGUAGAGUCAUAAUAUAAAGCAGUGGCGAGGCAUGCAAUGAUCGAUUCGAUACUUCCCUAUUUGAAGCUAUGGAAAACAAUCGAUUAUUAGGGUGUUCGCUGCGAACAUCCUGUUUUCGAUCCUAUUUCUUAGGUUCAAAGGGCAGAUCAAUCGAUACAUCGCAAAGCACGCCACGCCACUGAUAUGAAAAAGUGGGUUCGGGCCAUGUUCUGGUCGACAAGUUCCAAGCCCGGUGUGCGCCGAAAUUCGGUCAUCUCUUUGAUACAUUUUCGAUCCAAAACGGCGAUGUGGAGUACGAAAUAAACCAUUCAUACCUUCUUUAUAUACAUCGGAUGGCCAGAAACCCGUGUAUCGAAAAAAAUCAAUAAUGUAUCGAAAUGGUGACCCGGCACCGCACAGGAGUGAUGGAAUUCGGUGACUGGAAAAUACUGAAAAGUGGUACCAGCCUCCAUUCUUGUUACGACUCAAUGUACUUCAUAUAUGGGUGAGAUUCCCGAACCAGGUAUCUCAGUUUACGAUGUUGCAGUCUUCCCGUCAUACUCUUUCUUUCAGUAGAAAACUACGUCUCGACGUCAAAUCUUGAACACUUCCAUGAUUUUUCUUUUCUAUGCGAGGCAAAUUUUGAAAAAAACUUCAAGGAACGAUGUUGAUUUGUUCUGUGUUAAAAGAAAUAAUGGAGAUUUUCUAACAUAGAAAACGAGAUACGUAGAUUGGGAGUUUUACCACCUGCAUAUAGUUCCAUUUGAUUUGAAUGCGUCUUGAACGUCAUCAACCAAAGAUUCAUGGGCAUUGAGAGAUUGGAAAAACACCGUAUUUUUACAUAACGGUGCUUUAGUAGAUGAGGGCUUUUUCAAAAUUAACAGUCUUUUUAAAUCGCUUACACUGGCAUAAAGGAGUGAAAUCUGGAGUCUAUUUCACCAGAGUAAAAAUUUUUGGUUACAAGUCUCAAGUUCAAGUGCUUAUGGACCACUAAAGUUGUAUUCCAAGUAACGGAAGUUUUUAGUCAUAGAACCCGAACUUAAGAUUAGCGAAGUUUUCCUCGGUAUGGCUACCUACUUUAACAAUUUCACUUUCUAUGACCAAAAAUUUUCCUGCUCCAUCUGAAGCGCAGUUUUUUCUCCUUGUACUCUUUCAGCGGUGUACAUUCCACUCUGCUUCUGGGCGGAUUUUCCAACACUUUCUAAUCAUCCUAGUUGUUUGGCAGCUACACAUACGCUCCGUGGUAAAAUACACUCCAAAUUUCAUUUCUCUAACAUGAUCUGUAAUACAAAAUCAUACGGAUACAGAUACGAGUAACAGGUAACGCAAAACGCCUGGGGGACGGGGGUGCAACGCGCUGCGGGGGGUUGCACCGAGCAAGCGGUGAAGGGGCGAAGCCCCCUAGUUUAUAAUAUUGAUUUUGAAAUGACCCCAGUUGGGGCAUUCAACAGUUGAAGUGCAGCGUGAAUCGCAUGGGAUAAAA